CUUGGCCCCUAAUAUUUCAUGCAUUAACCAUAUCCUUAAAAAUGAAGAAAAUAUCAAGGAUUUUAUUGCUUUCUUGCCUCCUAUUUUUAACCUUAUUCCAGGUAAAAACUGAACCAGUUCUUGAUACUAAUAAACAAGCAAUCCGUCCAGGUUACACCUACUACAUUUUGCCGGCAACCACCGCCGCCAACGGCGGUGGCCUAACGCUAGCGAAAGGCGAAAACGGGAGCUGCCCGCUCGACGUAUUUCAAGCACAAAAUGUUCAGAGCAAAGGCCUCCCUUUAAAAUUCUUAAUGGUGAAUUCAAGUGCAGGGCUAGUAAUUGACGAAAAUGAAGACAUAAAUAUAAAAUUUGCAGCACCAAGGUACGUGUCUAUUUGCAAUAAAUCCACUGUUUUGAAAAUUGAAGACGGGUUUGUGACCACUGGAGGAAUUAAGGGUGGGUCUGAAAAUGGCACGGCCACAAGUUUGUUUACUAUUCAGAAAUAUGAAGAUGCCUAUGCGUUACAGUAUUGUCCAAGAGCUACAGGGUGUUCUUUUAUUUGUCCAAGAUUGUUGUGUGGGUAUAUUGGUAUUGCACCUGCAGCUAAUGGAUCGAGGUGUUUGGCUGUAAAUCGUCCAAUUUUCAAGAUUGUGUUCAAGAAGGCCUAAGAUACAUAAGCGAAUUUUUCACAAUUAAAUAUUUAUAAUAGAUGUGGAUUUCCUAAUACAUAUAUAAGGUACGAGUAAAGCUAUUCGAAUUAUGUGAAUGAAUAAUUAUAAGCUAGGUUUGACUCUAUUAAGAUGUUCAUAGCUAGUAACAUAUAUAGUCAAAAUAAAUAGCAAGCCCUGAUGUUAUAUUUUAUUGGUGUAGGCCAUAUGCAUGUUAUGCAUGAGGUGUUUCAUAUUGAUUUGUCAUCUUAAUCCACAGGAAUAAAUGCUUGAUAUAUAUUUGAUAAAUGUA